UAUCGCGUAGGAGUCAAGGAACCUAACCUUUUGUUAACAGUUUUCUUGCGCGGGAAAAACCUCUGGGCUAGCCAGAAUAUUAAACUCGCAUAUAAAAAGAAUGGAUGGGCUACAGUAGUUCAGUACAAGAUACUUUCCUUUGCUCAGUUGACAUUGGAUUCAAUAAUCGACCCUUGUUUCAAUUUCUUAUUUCCAGAAAGCACCACCGCUGCAGCGGUAGCCUAUCCUGAUGACCUAGCUGAAGAACCAUUUGCUUACCUUGGUCCUCAGUUAAGGGAAAGGAGGUCACCACAAUUAUCUGGAGGUGGUUCUGGAUCCGCCGGAACCAUAAGGUACGAUGGACAAAAACAGGUGUGGAGCAACGGGAAGACUGGAGUGGACGCGACUGGAUUCGUCCAGCACAGCUGGCAGAAAGGAACACCCUCCCAGACUGACUACGGUUUGGGCGCCACAGUCAACCGAAACCUCUACUCCGGCAGAAAUGGCCAGUUGGACGCUUACGCUGGAUUCCAGAGGCAAUGGGCUGGAAGACCUUCCAAUCAAUACAAUGCCGGCAUUAGAUAUCGAUUCUAG